AUGGAACUAAAUCAAUCCACCAAUUACGAGGAUGAGGACUACUAUGAGCUGGGCACGUUGCCCGAGAUCAACCCCAACGCCCAGCCGUGCCUUCCCACCGAAGUGAGCGCCUUCGCUCGCUAUUUUGUGCCCGCGUUCUUCUCCUUGGUGUUCGUGGUGGGGCUGCUGGGCAACAGCUUGGUGCUGGCUAUCUUGGGUCAAAGUCACCGGUCCUGGCGCUUUGCUGACCACUACCUCUUCCAGCUGGCGGUGGCCGAUUUCCUUCUGGUCUUAACCCUCCCUUUCCAAGCUGCCUAUUUUAUCCACGGCUGGACCUUUGGAGAAUUCCUUUGCAAGCUGACCGAGGCGCUCUCCACCAUGAACGUGGUCACCAACAUCCUUCUCCUGACCUACAUCAGCAUUGAGCGCUACUUCGUGGUGGUCCGGGGGACAUCACCACGCUUCUUCUUGAAGCGUUCUCACAUCUACCUCACUUCGGCCUCUUUCUGGGGCAUGGGCAUCGCGUUCGCCAUUGUGGAUCUCCACUUCCGGACGGUCAGCUACGUCCCGGAAGCCAUGACUCUCGUCUGCCAGUUGGGCUUUGAGGUCCAGGAUGCCAACUCCUGGAAACUGGGGCUACAAGCGAUCUUCUUCCUUCUAGGUUUUUGGUGGCCUGUCCAAGCAAUGGUCUACUGCUACAGUCAGAUUUUCACCAAGCUGCACCAGGCUGGACUUCUGAGCAAGCAUUUGCCUCUCCGUCUCCUGCUGGUCAUCUGGAUCACCUUCAUCGCCUGUUGGUGCCCUUUUCAUUGCUUGAUCCUGGUGGACAUCUUUCAACGUCUGGGCCAUUUGAAGCGGCACUGUGAGUGGGAGAAGGUGUUGGAUUCCGGACUCCUGAUCACCAGGAGUUUAGCCCUCACCCACUGCUGCCUCAAUCCCUUGGUCUACGCUUUUGGAGGGGUGAAGUUCCAGAGGGAAUUUUCCAGAAUCUUCUGUAGGAGAAGCAGAGCCAGGCGCCAUUCGGACAGUGAGGACAUUAGCCAAAUUACUGACUGCAGCACCGAUCAUGGCCUGGAUUAUUCGAUCAUGAUGUGA